ACCCAACCACGGCCACGCUGCUAUGAAAAUAAAAGUGAAUUACAAAUUUAGCAGUAGUAAUAUGUUAAACCGCCCGCUCCCGCGCCUAAUUAGUGUCGCUUAAGCUUACAGCGCCCCCAGUCCUUAAAAUACAUUAGUGAGUGAGAGAGAGCGCGGAGAGCAAGGAGAGAAUUCCAACCUGCCCGUGUAUGCUGUGCACUGCGAGUGCCUGUGUCUGUGUGUCCGUGUGUGUGGUGCAUCAAGGCUGAUAAAACUAAAUCCGAAACUAUAACAACUAAAUUUAAAGCAACUCCAAAAGCGUUCUGUAUUACGCACAAAACAGCAGCAGCUAUAAUCAACACAAAAUGGAAGCGAUUGCCAAACACGAUUUCUCCGCGACGGCCGACGACGAGCUGAGUUUUCGCAAAACUCAGAUCCUAAAGAUAUUAAAUAUGGAAGAUGAUUCAAAUUGGUAUCGCGCCGAGCUGGAUGGGAAGGAAGGCCUCAUACCCAGUAAUUACAUAGAAAUGAAGAACCACGAUUGGUAUUACGGGCGUAUCACACGCGCUGAUGCCGAGAAGUUACUUUCAAAUAAGCACGAAGGCGCCUUUUUGAUACGCAUCAGCGAAUCCAGUCCCGGCGAUUUCUCCUUAUCAGUCAAGUGCCCCGAUGGUGUUCAGCAUUUCAAGGUUCUGCGCGAUGCCCAAAGCAAAUUCUUCCUCUGGGUGGUCAAGUUCAACUCCCUCAACGAACUGGUCGAAUAUCAUCGGACAGCGAGCGUGUCCCGGUCGCAGGAUGUCAAAUUGCGUGAUAUGAUACCUGAAGAGAUGCUCGUGCAGGCGCUGUACGAUUUUGUGCCACAGGAAUCCGGGGAAUUGGACUUCAGACGCGGCGAUGUCAUCACCGUCACAGACCGCUCCGAUGAGAACUGGUGGAACGGCGAGAUCGGCAAUAGGAAAGGAAUCUUCCCAGCAACUUAUGUGACGCCAUAUCAUUCAUAAUAAGAUAACUUCUAAGGAGCGACGCCACACACACCCCUUUCCCUUCACCGCAGAAAACACAACACACCCCUCAACAAUUGGGCAGCAUCAUCAGCAAUUGCAAAUAACAGCAAGAAGGAACUAAACACAAAUUUUAAAUAUUUAUAUACAAGAAGCGAGGACAUAAAUUCUGUAGACAACGUAUACAAAACAAGUUUAAGCCUAUAAGCCGAAUGCAUUUUUACGUUUUGACGUUUUUUGAUAAAACAAUACAUUACGAUACCAUUACGAAAUCGUUUCAUAGCAACUGAGUGACACUUUAAACUAGAUAUGUACAUUUAUUUGUGUAUUUAUAGCUGCGGCCGAAUAAAAGCACUUGAUCCGACCUUUUCUUUGGCAUCUUGCUACACAGAAAGCAAAACUCACAGCUAGCACUUUGACCGCAACUAUAGGUAUGCAAGUACGUCUACAUACCAGAUGGCACUAUUAUUAUUAUUGUAAGCGAGCGGAUUUUGAUAUAAAUAUAUAAUUUAAGUUCGAUAAAGAAAAUAUUUGUACUGUGCUCCGAAACGAGUGUGAGAAUUGCCCUAAAUGUGCUCUUUAGUUUAUUUGAUGUUUGACGGAGUGCGUUUCAAAGCGAAUAAACACUUAUUAUUAUGAUUAUAUGAUAACAAAUUACCAACCAACCUAAUGCUUAACACGUUUUAUAGAAAACAAAACCAAUUCACUAUGAAAACAAAACAUUUGCCUAAAUGUCUCAAAGCAGAAGACAAUUAAAACAAAAUUAUAUUAUAUUAUCGUAAAUGCCUACCACGUAAAUUAAAUUAAUUUUGCAUCGCUGGUUACUAUAUGCAUACAUGCACGCAUCUAUAAUUAAAUAUGUAUCUCCAUAACGCAAAACUAACGAUAUUAGGCCUCGGCUGCACAUGCACUUUUUGCGGCGACUGCAAUUUAAUAAGAUGAAAUUUUGUCCCCCACUUUAAAAUUUGAAACUGUCAAUAAUUUAGCUAUGUAUGUAGCUGUCUGUUUUUUUUUAUUGUUUGCAUACCGUCUUCUGACCACCAACUCGAUUAUAGGCGAAAAAGAAAUCAUAAAAACGGAUGGAAACAUUUGUGACAUGUGUAAAAAGUUUCAAACUGCUGCUAUAUCAUAUUGUGCUAUAAAUUAUUACUACUACUAUUUAUAAUUGGUUGAGUGUGCUGUGUAAAACCUUUUUUGUCAUCAGCAAGGCGAAAUAGUUGCACGUUCCAUCGUUUUUCAACUACAUAACUAUAUGCAUAAACAAAUGUAAUGAGAGUUGCCAAUAUAAAGUAAUUUAAACAACAACAAAACGCUAAAACGAAA